CGACAGUACUUGAACGCAGCAGGACCACGCUGCACUUCCCUGUUCCUGCUCCUCCCAGCUCAAAGAUGGCAGCCACGGGACAGAGAUGAGAGACGACACAAAUUCAGGAGUUUUGUCAUGAAACGGCAUCGGCUUGUGCAUCUGUCACACGCGGGGUUUUGACGUGAGGGCGGGUAGGGUUCGUCGCUGCCGAUGUGUCGUCGCACGGAGACAAUUAAAGCGUCGAGAAAUGUCAUGUUUUCCUGUGGGCCAAGCUAGCAAGCAGCGGUUAGCAGAUAAAUGAACUUGCCUGCUCUGCCACACGAGAAGAAAGCAGCUGCUCUCACACGGUGUACUGACAUCCUGCAAGCUCAGUUUCAUCAUGGCCAUAACUCAGUUCCGUCUUUUCAAGAUCUGCACAUGUCUAGCCAGCUUACUGUCUUUCUUUAAGAGGUUGAUAUGCAGGAGUGGAAGAGGUCGCAAGCUCAGCGGUGAUCAGAUAACUCUCCCGACUACUGUGGAUUUUUCAUCAUCGGUACCAAAACAGCCAGAGAUUGAGGAAUGGAGCUCUUGGGAUGAAGAAGCUCCGACGAGUAUCAAGAUUGAAGGUGGCAACGGAAACGUUUCCCCGACCAAUGACUUAGACGAAGAGCCAGAUUACUUCAAAGACAUGGCUCCCACCAUCAGGAAAACACAGAAGAUUUUGCUGAAGAAGAGGGAGCCUUUGAACUACCCAGUGCCUGACGGCUCAGCAGGUUUCUCCAGCAGACUGGCAGCCUCUCAGGAUAUGAUGACCUUCAGUCCUCCUUCAGCUGAACUGGGAGAAAUGGACAACUGGCAGGAGGACACGAACGCCUGGGAGGAUGAGUCUGAUGCUGCCUGGGAGGCAGAGGAAGUGCUCAGACAACAGAAGAUGGCCGAGAGAGAAAAGCGCUCCAUGGAGCAGCAAAGGAAGAAGAUGGAGAAGGAGGCUCAGAGGAUGAUGAAGAAGGAGCAGAAGAUUGCAGUGAAGCUCUCGUAACAUUUUAGAAAUGCUCAAUUUUGAGCCAAAUGAAUAGGGGGGGGGCGGAUACAAAGACACUAAAUCAUUCGUUUCUGUCUUUAAAGUCAUCAAACGACAAGGAUUAUUGCCCAGCACUACUUAUCUGUUAGCAAACUGUCCUCCUUCUCCACCCUGUCUCCACCAGCAGCCAUUUUAGUCUGUUUUCCAGCUGUAGCAGUGUUAAAUACAUCAUCCUUGAAAGGAUAACACACCUGGUGUACAUGCUGUUCAUCUGGCAAGGUCAUCCUGGUCUUCAAGGGAGCACUGUAUUUAUACUAUCCAGUUCAUCUUAGGGUAAAGGUUACCUGCAGCAUUAGAAGGUUCCACUUAGAUCCUGAUUAAAUCUGUCUGCUAGUGUAGAAAACUGUAUUUUGUUUUUCCCCAGGAACAUUUGUAAAUAAACAGGUACCUGUGCUACCUUUUUGAAACUCAAAUAGGGAGUACAAUUCCUUUUCUUUGUCGUAUUUAUAACCUUAAAGGACAAAGGAGUGUAAUUCAUUUUAAGCAUCACUGUAUACCAGUGACAUCCCUUUUGAUUUGCUUGAUUCUUGUGUUUUUAUAUUUAUGUCUGUCAUUGUCUGAAAACUGAUUUCUUUCUAAUGAAUGUUGCUUGAUAUUUCACAUGAUCUCCCUGUGCUGUGCAGCGCUUACUACACUGGAAAUCUACAUUUAAAAUGAAGGCAGAAGAAGAUUGAAGAUUUUCAAUAUGAGUAUAAAUAAUUGACCAUAGACUAGAUUCUAGCCCAACUCUGAAUGUUAGCUGUGGGUUCCUAUGGUAAUCUCAUGGCUACUGAUCUGCCAUUCAUUCUGUCAGCUUUUGAUAUCAAAGAAACAUAUCCAGUCAUUUUUUUUUUUCAGAGGUAGGAAUGUUUCUUUGUUCUUUAUAAAACAUGAAUCUUCAUCACCACAGUCAUCUGAAACCGGUUACCUUGGCUAAUUUGAGUAGAUGCUUCUUUCCUUAUCUGCAGAUGUUAAGAUUAACAGUUGGAGUUGAUGGUUUUGACUUAGCAUCCUGUUAUGCAUCAUUAUAAUGAAGUUACCAGGCAGCGUUGGAAACACUGGUACCAGUGCCAAUAGGCAAGCUGUUGUCAUGGAAACAUUAGCAGAUGAAGAAAUGCUUGUGUGAAAUUUAAAUGUGCAGAGAUGAUACAAAAUGCCUCCAUAGUCUAUGAUGUUGGAUAAAUGACUUGGGUGGAGAGGAGAGUGGCAAAUUUCUUAACUAAAUGUUACAUUUGGAAAAGCUUUGCAAGAUGCUUCUAAAGAAAUGCUGGGUUGAUCUUACUUAGCUUAGACACUCGGAGGUGCUGAUUCUGUUCAAACUCAGAAGAUAAAAUAAUGGAUUAGUGCAUGAUCAGGUUUAAGAGGUUAAUUCAAAGCAGAUGUUUAUUUGAAGGAGUUCAGCAAACUGUCUGCUGUGCUUUUCUUUGGAAAUGCUCUGUAUGCAUUCUCUUUCAUCGAGAGAUAAGACUGAGCUGCAUGUGGUUCUGUUUUGUCAUUUUGCACAUUUAAAUUUUCCAAAAAUGAAUAACAGAGAAUCCUUUUUUGUUUCUCACACAUUUUUGUCUCAUUGAAGUGUAAGACCUCAUGUUAUAAGAAUUGUCUUGACUGAGCACAAAUGAGUCCACAAGCUCAGUCAAUCCAAAAGGUUUGUGCUGAUUAUAUGCCUGCUGUAUAAGUCCUACACAGGUUUUUAAUAAAAUUAUUUGAUUCAUACCUCUAGAGGUCAAUAACUUUG